GUGUCAUUUUCAAAAGGCCGCGACCCGUCGCGAUGGCAGCCAAACUCGCUCUCGACGCGCAGGCGCGCAAGGAGCUCAAGACCCGUCUUCGCUACGACUGCUUGCACGUGCCCCUCGACACGCUGUUUCUCGACGCCCCCGAACUGCACAAGGACAAGGAUUGGAUGCCGCAAGGGCCCUUUUUCCAGCGGCUCGCCGCCAACAAUGUGCACUUGACGAACGACGAGCGAGAGCUCUUGAGCAUCUUUUGCUCACCCGCGGGCCUCAUCUCGAUUGCUGCGUUCACGCAGUUUGUCGACGUCCUGACACCGGUCGACCACGUGGACCCGGACCUGGUCUUUCCGACCCUUCCGCAGCCUUUCCGCAUGCUCGUCAAGAUCCUCCACGAAGACAUUGUCGACCGCGCAUGGACAGCGAUCACGUCGACGAUGGCGUUCAAGCUCCAGGAAGGCGAGAUGAACGCGGAUCUGCAGGAGAAGAAAGCCAAAGCCCGGCUCUGCCUCCCUGCUACGUCGUUGGAGCUCGGGCCGAGCCCCGUCACGUUUGCUGGUAGCGCUGACCACGAACUCGUGGCGCUUUUGCACCCAGCCAACGUUGUCGAAGUGCUGGACGCCAGCACCAAGUCGGUUCUCGUACCAAAAACCAAGGUGGCGCCCGACCUCUUUACGAUCCACGGCAUCUCAUCGCCGCUACGCCCGGGCUACGCGGCAGCGUUUUUUGCCGUCUGGGGACGCCGGGCGACCGCGACAGAUGCAACCGAGCCCGAGGUGAUCGACCCCGCGUUCGACGCUAUCGAGAGCCUCGUGUACAUCUACUGUGUCUGCAACGGCGCGCUUGUGCUGCGCGCCAAGCUUCUCAGCGCCAACGGUGUCGCGAGAGUGCUCUUUUCGGACGACUUUGGCUUUGCCGCCGUCGUCUUGGCCCAUGGGACUGUCGACGUCUAUGCGACGAGCAGUCUUCCGUCGGCGCUGCCACCGACGCCACCGAUCUUGCUCGACCAUGCGAAAGACUGCCUUUUCGAGGUCGACCCGAGCGUGUACAGCAUCGCACCCGUGCCCAAGCCCGUGGUCACCGAGUCGGCUGUGGCCACCAAGCACGACAAAGCGCACAAGGGCAAGGGCAAGGAGGUCGACGUCGACGUCAUUGUUGCGCCGCCCGAGCCAUAUGUCCAUUUUCUGUACGUGGCUUUCCUUCUCGGCGACGGAGGCACAUGGCAGCUCGGCGUCGCGAGCCAACACAAGUGCCUAGUCUUUGACCUACUCGCUGGCAAGGACGCUGCGCCGACCACCAAUUUGCUGGUGGCAGCACCCAUCACGUGCGCGGUGGCGAGCCCUAGCCAUACGCUGCUCGUCCUCGGCUUGGCCAACGGGUCCGUGCUCGUCUGGCACCUCCACCUCCGCGUCGAAUACUGCGCACUCGGCUGCCACAGUGCGCCCGUCACGGCCCUCUUCGUGCACAAAACAGACUUUGUCGCGAGUCUCUCGAUGGCGCACGAGCUCCAUUUUUACGAUCUCGUGGCCCGCGCCGACAUGCUACCGCCGUCCUCGGCCUAUGUGCUCGGGCUCCAACACGACGUGUGUUCGGUCCCGAGCAAAGGCGACGGCAAAACCAAGCCCGUCUCGCUCCUCCGCGUCCUCGAUGGGACCCACCCGUUCACGGCGAUCCACGGCCUCCAAGACCUACCGCUGCUCUUUGCGACGACCGAGGAUGGUGCUAUCACGGUAUACGACAUGCGGUCUGGUGUUCUCAUCGGCAGUCUUGGCCUUGGCGACAACGUCGAGCAAGAUGCGCUACAUAGUCCGUGGUGCAUCGUGAGCGACCACAUCUGGGUGCCGGCGAAGAGCCUCCUGGACGACCGCUCACUGCUUUGCCACUUUACGACUCUCGGACUCCUCGAAGUGUAUAUUCCGCUCGUCGGACGCCACACGGCGUCCGAGUACUACGCUGCGUUCAUGAACCGCCGGGGCGUGACGCCAUCUUCGGUCGAAGGCAAGCUGAAGCGACCGUCUGUGAUCACGCAGCGCCGGCGGUCCCCCGCGAAAUCGGCGCUCGCCUCGAGCCGCGACCCGGCGACAACGACGACGACGACGGACGAGGCCAGUGCGCCAGCGCUGAAAGCCGUCGACGUGCUCGUCAACCUGAGUUUGGAGCUACCGAUGCACGGUGCGCCGAAACGAAGUGUCGACACCGUGUUGCAGUCGGUGCUGCGCCGACAAGUGCAAAUGACCGUCGAGCGCGACGCGCGCAUGGCCAAGCGGCGCGGGGACAUUCUCAAGGCGCUGCAUGCGUGGUAGCUUGAGAACGCCACAGAAACGCUGGAUUGUUGCAUAGACUAAUGAGACGGCGUGGCGGAGAAGCCCGCAAAUCCC